AAUGUGUGAAAGCUGUUGGCAAUCACCUUACAAGUGCUCGCACCCAAUCAGCACUGCCAGAGAGCUAAAAUUCUAUGGGCUCCAGUGGUCUGUUGUUAUUGGUCCAUCCCCCCAACAGGUGGCGCUGCAGCUUCAUAUAAAUGCACUCUGGAAGAGAUGGACGAGCACAGCAAACAAGUGUACAUGUGAGAUAAAGUGGCGUUGUGUUGUUCGAAAGUGUAAAGAUGCACGUUGUCUGUCUAAAUUGCAACCGCUGGGUUCACUGAUGCAGGAAAGGUUUGAACUUCAGACUGAUUAGGAUCAUUACAAGUCAGCAUGUCUCAUCGAGGACCUUUAACCGCUGUCGUAACGGCAGUACUAGGGGCAACCUUGGGAGGGCUGCUCAUAUGGCGGGUGUAUCGAACAAAAAGGAAAAGGUUACCUUCCAUCCAGAAGGUCGCAGAGUCCUUGCACAAUCUUGAGGAAAAGUCCACAGAGGUCACAGCUGUGGAGUGUACAUGCAUACAGCCGCCACAUGUUGUGAAGGAUGAAUUUCAGACUGUACAGUGCCAGACCACACUUCCUGCCCGGAUCCUGUCUUCUGAUCACCUGCUGGGAAUCAAACCAGUGAUUGUGACCUCUGAAGAAGAGUGGCAGCAGUUGUGGCCAAUAAUGCAAAAAGAACUGUCAGUCUUCCCUGUGCUGGGAUUUGACUGUGAAUGGGUAAAGACCUCCGCCGUGUCUGCUAAAGGCAAAGCCGCUGUGGUCUCCUUGCUACAGAUGGCCUCGUACUCGGGUCUGUGCAUCCUGGUGAGGCUGUUGCCGUUUCGCAGCAGUCAGCAGCCUUUCCCGCACACAUUAAUGGAAGUUCUCAGAAACCCACACAUUCUUAAAGUGGGAGUUGGUUGCUACGAAGAUGGCAAGCGACUGACACGUGACUACGGCUUGUCGCUGACGUGUACGGUUGACCUGCGUCACCUUGCCUUGCGACAAAAGCAAACUUCAGUAAGUAACGGACUCAGUUUGAAGUCACUGGCAGCAGAUGUGUUGAAAAUCUCUCUAGACAAAUCUCCAGAGGUGCGUUGCAGUGAUUGGGAAGCAGAUCAGUUGACAAAGGAGCAGAUGACUUAUGCUGCUAGAGAUGCCCAGGUUUCCAUUGCUCUCUUCCUCCAUCUCCUUGGCCUUCAGUCUGAAGCCAGUCCCGCCUCUUCCAGUGGGAGCUCUUACUCUGAGCUGGCCUCCCGCUGCCAGGGUCUGGUCGAUGUGCCGUUCAAGGGCCAAGGAGAUAGAGAUGACAGGGCAGGUGAUGGAGACAGGAAGAGGAGGGCCAGGUCGUUAGGCUAUGAAAACCCAGAGUCUGGAGAUCAGCAAGUCUCAGACCCUCGGAAGAAUCACAAGAGGAAAUCGCUGGGUGCCGGGUAUUCCGCCAGGAAAUCUCCCCUCUAUGAUAACUGUUUCCUCCAUGCACCAGAUGGCCAACCCCUGUGUACCUGUGACAAGAAAAAAGCCAAAUGGUACCUUGAUAAAGGAAUAGGAGUGCUCGAGAGUGAAGAGCCUUUUAUUGUGAGGCUGCUGUUUGAGCCGUCGGGACGUCCUGACUCGCAGCAGGAUUACUACCUGACUGCCAAGGAGAAUCUCUGUGUGGUCUGUGGAAAAGCAGAUUCUUACAUCAGGAAAAAUAUUGUGCCGCAUGAGUACAGACGGCAUUUUCCCACAGAGAUGAAGGACCACAACUCCCAUGACAUCCUGCUGCUGUGCACCAGCUGCCACGCUGCCUCCAAUGUACACGACAGCUUCCUGAAACAGCAGCUGGCUGAAGAGUUUUCUGCCCCUCAGGGCUGCGAGGAGGGAGUUCGGAUCUUUGAGGACUCUGAUCGACGGAAAGUACGCUCGGCGGCUCGGGCUCUGCUCAUUGCCGGGGAAGGACUCCCCAAACAACGGCGAGAGGAGCUGCAGGCUUUAAUCAAGAGUUUCCUGAAUUUGAAUGACGAAGAGGGGGCGACGGAGGAAGCGCUGCAGCAAGCGGCCAAUUUGGAGACUAAGAUUUUAAACGAGGCGUACGUGCCUCACGGUCUGAAGGUGGUGCAAGCGCACGCUGAGCAAGGCCUGCGGGGACUGAUGGUCCUGGAGCGUCGCUGGAGGCAGCAUUUCCUCACCACCAUGCAGCCUCGCCACCUCCCUCCUCUGUGGUCCAUCGAUCACAAUCACAGCAAGUUACUUCGCAAAUACGGAGAGGACCUGCCCAUUAAACUCAACUGACUUUCCAUCUCCAAGAAGGGCACGACUAACCUCGCACCUGGAUAGGAAACCUGGAUUUUACUCUUUUACUUUGAAACUCAACAGCCACUCCAUCAGUUUCUCCAACCUGCUUUUGCGUUUUUUUUUCUUUUUUUUUUAGUGAGCACGUGAACGCACUAAUUGAGCAGCAGGGAUGGAAAUGUUAUAGUAUGUGGCUGCUGUCAAGAUCCCACUGGGCAAAGAACAUUGAUGCCAAAUUCCAGUAAGAGUAACUGACCCUACCUGUGGAGAGAAAUCUAGGUAAAACACUAACCUUACAAUGUCGUGGACACGUUGUUCGCAUGUGGACUUUUUUUAUUUAAACAAAACAAAAAACCAAACAAUCAUAAAUCUUGAACAGAUUUUUAGAAAAGGCUGCUGCCUGCUACUUUAUUCUUGACCUCCAGCUCCACCCCCUGUGGGUCAGCAGCUUAUUAUGAAUGAUUUGCUUUGCAGAGAGAUGGUUGUUUUUAUAGGACCUUAAAUUAUUUGGCUCUCCGUCCAGUUUAAGUUUUCAUUCUGUUGUCUGGUUUAGGUCAAUAGAUGAUAACUGAAUUUCCCUGGGAAUGCCAUGAAGAUAAAAUCCAUCUUUGCUCAAUUUUCUUUUUUUUCCAAAGAUGAGUUAGUCAAGGUGUUUCUGGGCUUGAAUGUAUUGCGUCUGUGGUUUUGUACACAUCGCAGCAGGGGAGACAAAAUGUAAGUACAGUUGGCGUUUUUCACUUGGUCAUUUAUUUAAACUCCUGCUUAUGUCGUGGUGCCGAUUCUCCGGACGGCUGGGACCUCUCCAUGGCGCGUGUGAACGUGCCUCUUAACCCCUAAACCUAACUGGAGACUGUGUCGGGACAUGAGCUCGUUUCAGUUUAACAGCGACGUCGUUUCACAGAUUCCAAACUGCACAGUAAAGAAAAGCUGCCAACUUGGACGUGAUGAAGAUAAAUUACAAGAUUUAACCCUCUGCAAAGCUUUAGAGUAUAAGAAAUUUACCUUAUGGAAGCAGCUGCAUUAUAUUCAUGUUUUCCUGUGAAUGAUACAGUAAAUAAGUGAUGUUUAUUAAUCUUAUGAGUUAUUGAACACACCUAUACCCUCCAUCCACUCCCCACCCCCCCGAAACAAGACACAGCCACAUUCAUUUGUUUAUUUCUUACAAAAUCACAGUUUAAUAAAUAGUCUGUAAAAAUGA